AUAUACUAAAAUACCUAGAUUACCUAUCCCGCGCGACCCGUUUACAAACCACAUAACCGGCUAGAUAACCAACUUGGAUACAGUACCUUGCCAGCUUGCCUUCUUCGCGGAUAUUAAUUCCUGAUUGAUUGUGUUGAUUGCUAAUUUCAGAAUUCUUCUCUUCCAUUAUGGAAAGUGCACGUAAUCAGGGAUGCAUUUUAGACUAUGAUUUUAAUUUUUCAAAAUUCAAACAUAAUUUCUUUGCUUGCUGUCAAAGAGUUCUUGUAUGGGUUUGUAGAGUGGUUUUUGACAGUAGUCUUGCUGGCUAUGGAUUCACGUUCGCAGCAGCCGAUGAUUAAUUUGUCAAGCUCAGGUCGGAAGAGGAACAAAGAAAAUCAAUCAGAUGCUUCACUUGCUGGUAUUCGUCAACAAGGUUCUGGAAAUGCUCUGGAUUUGUUCCUACAAAGACGCGCUGAAAGCAUUAAGAGAUCCAGGACCACCGGGACUUCGUCAGAGUUCGACAAAAACAGCAGAGCCACGAGUCAGGUCCCUCUAUCAACUAUUGAUCAGAGUGCAUCAUAUCAAUAUAAGUUGGACAUACAUAUUGAGCAAUUAAGGACUAGCAUGUCUGCCAUAGCAAUCAGGCGUGCCCGGUUGUCCAAUUUUGAUCAAAAUCCAAGCCCUGGCUCUGUGUUGGAUUCUACCGUCACAAACGUGAUGCCAUCUGCCAAUGCAGCCACAGACCUCAUUGUAUGGGACGAGGCUCCUAUGCAGCACCGAUAUGCAUUUGAAGCCGUGGACAGGACUUUGAGAGAUAUAAUGUCUGCCGUUGAUGCUUCAAGAGCAUCCAAGCCUUUUGGAGGAAUAACUGUUGUGUUCGGAGGUGAUUAUCGCCAAAUUCUGCCUGUAAUACCCAAGGCCGGUAGACCGGUGAUUGUGGCAGCUUCCAUGAACCGUUCAAGAUUUCGCUACAGAGACGGCAAGGCAGUGCAUGAAGGCUCUCAUGAAUCGCACGGAGAUGUCCAGAUUACUAUUCCUGAACGGUUUGUGGUUCAAGCAAACGAGAAUCUUCUUCGGUCACUGGUUGAUAGGAUAUAUCCCGAUUUUGAGCAAAACUUUGAGUCACGUGAUUACAUUCGAAGCCGGGCUAUUCUUACCCCAACUAAUGUCGUGGUUGAUGAUAUAAACAAUAUUAUAGUUGAUCGGAUUCCUGGUGCAACGCACACUUAUUUGAGUCAAGACAGCAUGGAAGAUGCAGGACCCGAGACAAAUGAUUUUGACGAAUCGUUUCCUAUCGAAUACCUGAACUCCCUCAAUAUGCCGUGCAUACCAAAGCACGAGUUGAAUCUUAAGAUUGGGACACCGGUUAUGUUGAUGCGAAAUUUGAACCAAAUCAUUGGAUUAUGCAAUGGUACCCGGAUGAUCGUCACUGGUUGCAAGAAGAACAGCAUAGAGUGUGAGAUUAUCACUGGUACGCACGCUGGGACAAAGCAUCUGAUUCCAAGAAUUGACAUGAUACCAACUGAUACUAUUUGGCCUUUUGAUUUUAAGAGGACUCAAUUUCCCUUGCAAGUUUGCUUUGCGAUGACCAUCAAUAAGAGCCAGGGUCAGUCCCUUGAUAUGGUUGGUUUGUAUCUACCUAGGCCUGUAUUCUGUCACGGACAACUUUAUGUCGCAAUAUCACGCGUUACUUCACCUGAUGGUCUACACAUAAUGAUCGUUGGAGAAGAUGGUUAUACCAAAAACAUGACGAGAAAUGUUGUUUUUGAAGAAGUCUUCUACAACAUUCCAAUGAUAUAG